GCACGGCACACCGUCUCGUCGGGGCCACCGCGACUACCUACCGCUUAGCCCAACGCCAUCCUGCCGACAUCAUAUCUUCCAAGCCACUGAUCAAAGCACCACUAUGCUACUUCGUCGACGUACGGCUGAGUCUGAGCAACUGCUGUCGCAACCCGCGCUCAAGCGAAGAGGCCAGGUUGGAAGUGGCGGCCAUCGACCCAUCGAGCCUGCGACGACCCGGUCCACAGCGAGUGCCUUUUCCGCGUUCAAGCGCACGAAGAUGAGCAACUUUGUCGCGAAUGAUGUGCCUGCAAAGGUCGCUGAGGUCAGUCCACACGGCAAAUGGCAUGCUCUCGACACGGAAAACAAGAUGCAGAUGCAGCAAGUCCCAGUCGUCGAGUUUGGUCGGUUUGAAAUCGAAACGUGGUACCCGAGUCCAUAUCCGACGCACAUGUAUCCCGACAAUAAGCUCUUUGUGUGCGAAGACUGUCUCGGGUACACGUCGACGAAGCGAUUGCUGGAGCACCAUCGCAACGACGACUGUCCGCUGGCCAAACAACGUCCGCCUGGGCGUACCAUAUACGAAGAAGCCAUGCCGGAUGCGCCAUCCUCGUCUCUCGUUCUCGUGGAAGUCGACGGCAUGACCAGCUCCACGUACUGCCAGAACCUGUGCCUGCUGGCGAAAUUGUUUAUGGACCAGAAGACGCUCUACUUUGACGUGAGUGUGUUUUGGUUCUACCUCCUCUGUAUUGACGACAAGCGCACGGGCGGCGUCCAUCCGGUGGGGUACUUUUCAAAGGAAAAGGCCAACCCGGACCAGUACAACUUGUCGUGCAUUGUCGUGUUUCCACCGUAUCAACGACAAGGCUAUGGCUCGUUGCUCCUGUCGCUGUCGUACGAACUCACGAAACGCGAGCACACGGUCGGGACGCCUGAAAAGCCGCUGUCGGCGCUCGGUCGCUCGGCGUACAUGGAAUAUUGGCGCUUCAUUGUCCUCACCGAGUUAUGCAAGAUGGGGUCGUCCACAUCAGCGGUCUCGAUCCAGAAACUUAGUGCCACGACAGCCAUCAAGCCCGAGGACAUUAUCGAGACGCUGCGGGCAUGCCAAGACCUUGUCGUGUCGGAAAAAACGGUGCGAGCGACGGCGAAGACUCCCAUGAAACAAACGUUUGGCAUCUGCCACGUCACCGCCAAGGCACUGCUGGCCGCGUCAAGACCCGUGCGAUUAUGUCGCCCGCGGCUCUUGAAAUGGACGCCGCCCAAAGUCUUGCGAUAGCCAUAUAUUUAUCCUCCGUCCCUUGCAUGUUGUACCGCCGCAAUGAACACGUCUCUGCUAUUCAAGUGUAAAAUGUCCAUACUGUUUCACGUACGCCAUCCACACGGCAUGCUCUCCUCGCAACUUGCGAUGCCCUCGCACUUCGUUGUGGUUUGUGGCAGUCUAC